AUGGCAAUAGAUACCGAAUCCCUGCGAGGGGCAGUCUUAUCCAUCCUUCCGUCCAAGGACAUCAUCGCGACGUUUCUUUUCCUCAACAUUGUCGCGUUAUGUGCAGUAACAAUUUCACGCAAAUGGAUGAACUCCCCCAAUACAAGGCACAGGCCUUCGUCGCCUGAUCUUGAAAAGCCAAUGUCUGGAAGCCCACGGCGGAAAGUAACAAGAAACCCCGGAGAAUGGCCACCGUCCGACUUCAAGAGGCCUACCGCAACACCCUACAAGGACUGGGAUGUCCAUACCACGAAGCCGAUCCCUUAUCGGCCUUUUCGCUAUGGCCAAAAGUAUUUCAUUACCUUGGGACUACGAAGUAUGAAAUGGGAUGAAUGGAUCGAGCUCGACAAUCACUACCUGAAGUACCAUGCCGACAAGAAAAGGCGCAUAGCAGAGCGUGGUGAAAAGUGCUACGGCACAGCACCGGAAGCAAUGGACGGCGCCAUCGAGCUUCUCGAAGAGCUCUGCGACUACCUCCCAGAGCGCUACCCAACCCUCUUCGCAAAGACGCCCACCGGAAUAACCAACAAAGCCACCAACGAAACGUUCGACAUCACCGCCCGCCCUCUCCCCGAAGACCCCAUGGCAACCUGCGCCCGGCUUGUCCAAGACGACCUGGCCCUAAUGUUCGAGCGCCCCGACGGCCAGUACUACCUGCUCGCCGGCGCGAUCCUCCUCGCCGGGUUCUGGCGCCUGAGCGACAAAUUCGGGAUGCCCCUCUCAGAAAUCCACACGUCCGGCGACGUGCCUCAGUUCCGCGAAAAGCUGGAAAAGGGCAUGCUGAACUUCUUUCGCCGGCUGCGGCCGGAGGAGCCUGUUCUGCGCAAUAACUACUUCAUCCAGGUGGACGAGGAUCUGGCGUGGUCGUAUAGUAUCGGGCCUGAGGACGCGGAGACCGUGUCGUGGAAUACGGCGGAGAAGAAUAGGGCUAUCGAGCACCAUUUCUUUCGCUCGGAGCGGCAGUCGCUGAGGCGGUUGCCGAAGUCUGGUGCGGUGGUGUUUACUAUUCGGACGUAUUUUGAGCCGAUUACGGAGAUUGUGAAGGAGCCGUAUGUUCCUGGGCGGUUGGCUUCCGCGGUUCGGAGUUGGGGGGAGGAUGUUUCUAGGUACAAGGGGAAGGAGAAGUAUGAGGAGGUCUUGUUGGAGUAUUUGGAUCAGAAGCAUGCGGAGCAGAUUGCUAAUGGGUUGGAGGUGGAUAAGGAAGAUGAAGUGCGCAGUUAUCCUUUAUAA